AUGGAGGGUUUGAUCCGAUUUCCCACACCGGCCGACCUGGUCGUCGAUGGCCGAGGCCCGAGACAGCCAGACACGCAAGACUGCGCUCGUCGGAAAGGGAAACGUCCAGUUGACCCCUCGAAGAGGCGGACCACCGACCAGCCCAACUCAUCUGGAAUGUCGACAGAUGAAAACCGGACGACCGGACGACCGAACGACCGAACGGUGCAUCGUUGGCCAUUCGUCAAGCCAGACAACCAGUCAAUCGUCGGAUGCCUUAGCUGCUGUAACCCGAAAGAUCCGGUCGUCAAGACUUCCUCUGGCUUUGCCCGGGUCGCGCGAUUUGACGAGCCGGUAAAUGUCAAGAGGGCAGUGAAGCAACUGAUCGAGCGAUUGCCGGACGUGCAGACGGAUGGCUGA